UACAGCCAGUCAGUCAGUGAGGGGAGUUGUGCUGGUUGCGGAAUGUGGUGUGUGCGAAGGUUGUUUAUUUCUUCACGGUUCUUUUGUUUGCAUGUGCCGAAGAUGACAUUCAUUAUGAACUCAGGCUGACUGAAGACAGGUAUUUGCUGUUGGUCUUUGCAACAUCCCAAGCCUUUGAUCGAGAGAAUAUAAAAAGGUGCUUGUUCCCGUGGUGAUGUGCAAGUCUGUAUCCCGCAGAAGGGCAAGGGUGGGUGAUGGAUGUUCAGGAUUGCACCAGCCUAACUCUUCAGGUACUUGAGCCGCAGUGAGAAGGAGACUACCCUGAGUCCACAGACAAGGCAUUGUGCAGCAUUGCAUGCCAAUUCCAAACAUCCAUUCAUCAUCAGGAAGCUGUUUACCUUUCAAUGUUUGCUGCUGUUCCAUUUCUACUUUCUGGCAAUCAUUUGACAUUUCUGGAGGUUCACUUACAGGAUUGGAGGAGGUUUGGAAAGUAUCCCAGUAGAGUCUCUCCAUGUUCAGCCAAUGGAAAGCAACCUCGCUGAACUUUUCAACUGAUGACGCUUUGAAACGGGAUGCAGUGGUCGGUAAAAAUGGAUCCUGUUGACCUUUGCCUGCACUGGAAUGUAUUGGGAAAAACAAGUGUGUUAGCAUGGUGAUCAUCCUUACCAAGACACUGGAAAAGAAGAAGGGUGCUGAUGAUGUAACACGCAGAGCCUCUGAACUACAUAAUCCAAAGAAGAUGAGUAAAGGGACAACUCUCUUCUCCUGCGGAAUUAUGGAAUGCGACAGUUGGGCAGAGCUCAGCCGGAAGUGUCCCUUCCGGAAGGAGACGGCUGAUGCGAGUCUCGAGUCUCUGUGGAACGUCCUGCCAGAGCCCUGCCAGGCGAGCCCAACCAGGGAGCGGGAGUCUGGUACAGCCAGCGCCGUCACCAGCCUCAUCCGGAACCUGAGCCUAAGCGACACCAAGAGCAGCCCAGCUGCAGCUCCGCCCAGCAAGCGCCAGUGCCGCUCCCUGUCCUUCUCCGAUGAGAUGAGCUCCUGCCGCUCGGCGUGGCGGCCUGCGGGUUCUCGGGUCUGGACCUCUGUAGAGAAGCGGCGCUGCCACAGUGGUGGGAGCGUGCAGCGUGGCUCCAAUGGCUUCACUGGAAGCACCAUGCAGCGUAGCUCCAGUUUCAGCCUGCCUGCCCACUCCAACACCUUCCCUGGCACUGCCUUCUCCCUCGGCUACGACCAGCCCUGUUUUGGACAGCGCCUUGUCUGCCAGCCCUGGCCAGGCUUCCAGGCUUUGCCUUCCAGCACCGUCAGAGACUCUACCGAGCUACACAGGUCCCUCUCACUGUCCCACGAGCAGAUCUCUGCCUUGGAGUACCAGGCCCCGUCAGCCCGGAGCAGCCCAGAGUCUACUCCCGAACUGGGGAGACGCGCGGGGCCCGGGGGGCUGUCCAGGAGCCGCUCCCAGCCUUGUGUCCUCAAUGACAAGAAGGUCGGGAUGAAGCGGAGGAGACCCGAGGAGGCCCAGGAGCAGAGGCCGUCCCUCGACCUAGCCAAAAUGACGCAAAAGCUCAGAAAUUUCCAUAGCCUUAGUUGCCCUGGUAUUCCCAGUGAAGACUGCUCUCAAACUAACCAAGUGCCUCCGGCUUGCAGCGGUGCUAACCAGUAUGAGACUGACCUCAGACCUGCUGGGGUACCAGAGGUGGGGCCUCAAAAGAACACUGAAGAGGAGGGGGCCAACAAGGAGGACCUAUCCAAUGAGGAGCUGAACUUCAGUCCAGACGAGGACAGAGACUCCAAGAAGACAGCAGAGAAUGUGGACGAGUGCGUGAACUGGGAGGUUGAGAGCAGGACAGUGGGGGAUGCUUCUCAGCUGGGAGGAGAACUGGACAUUGACCAGAUUGAAAGAAACUGAAGCGGGAAAAGUGUUGACUGGUGCCCUGAAGAGCGUUGCAGGGUUCUGAAAGUUGUAUGAAGCCCUGAAACUUGAGGGGCUGAUGCAGGGCACCACACUGGAAAGCAGAAACACACCUCAGUCAAUAGAAGGGCUCACAUACCCAGGUUAAGGAGAUCUUAUUUUGAAACAAAGUAGAUGUACAGAGUUCAGGCUGUGGAAUUCGACAGAGUUGGGGAAAUGCAGCACUGUUGUGUGGAUCUUCAGCACACUAAAGCACUGUGAAAGUUUAGUGGGGUGAUGUGGUGGGGGAGAGGGGGUCAUGUUGUUAUACUGGGUCGAGAGGCUUGGUGAAAAGUUUAAAAGUAUUCUCCUGCUCACACACAAACAGAUGGGAAUGUUAAUCGGAGAAUGAUUUUGAAGUUGGAACAACCACCAUCGACCUUCUUUUUCUUGAAUGUUCGGCUCCUUCUUCAAACAUGGGGAUAGCCGAGCAGAUUGGCUGGAAGAUAACGGAGGUUGUAAAGUACUACAGGCUGGGUUUCUUAAGCUUUUGCACCAUUUUCUUCUGAAAGGAGACCAAAAACAAUAAGAACUGUUAAUGUUGAGAAUUGUCAUUUCAGGGCCUCUCCAUGUGCAUCUAACUCGUUUUGUAACAAACUGUUUUUCAUGUUUUCUGUUUCAGAAAACAAGUGGUUUGAAUUUUGCAAAAUCAGUUGAUGUCUGAAGUAAACACUUUUUUAAUUUUUUUUUUUUAAUAAUGGGCAUGGGCAAUAAAGUAAACUUUUGCAGCUGUAGGCAUGUACUGCAGUUUGCUAGUAAAAAAAAUUAGAUUGAGUUUGCUGAACAUGCAAUUAUAGGGAGGAUAUAAAUUGUUUUAAAUAUUUUUUUUGGUGAGCCACCAUUUAAAAAAAGAUAUAUAA